CCCCCUUCCUCCUCCACCUCCUCUUCCUCCUCCUCCUGCGAGCUCUCGGUUCUCGGCUCCACACCACACAGCCCCACAGAGGCAGAACGGCACCGUCUGUCCGACCGCAGCAACCAGCAUGUCUGCUCAGCCCGGCGAGGAGCUCGGCUCGGAGGGGAGGUGGUCCGGGGACGACCGCGACAGGAACGGCCCGCUGGGGAGCGCGGCGGCCCGGUUCGGCCAGGAAUUCACGCCGGGAGGAGGCGACGCGACGGCGGACCGUCAACAGUUUCAUCCCUUCCAGGAGGACAGGCCUCCCGUCGCCAUGGAAACUGCAUCCACAGAUGAUCCCAUGUCUGGCCUGUUUCGGAAACCCAUGAACGACGACGGUGACGUGUACACCUCCCUGCUGUCCAAUCAGAGCUUCACAGCCUCCUACCUGUCUGAUGACCUGAAGCCCUCCAACCACUCCGCCGGCUCGUCUGCCCUGGACGACUUCACCGGCGACACCUACAGCUUCACCUCCAAAACCAAGACCGCCUCCAGCGUAUCCGGCGACGCCCCGACAUCCCUGCUGGGCUCGGACAAGACAGAGCCCUACAACUACAUGGAUAUCAGCCACGGGGAGGAGCACCACGGCAGCAGAGGCUCGGCCGACCACGACUUACUGGGCGGCUACAUGGAUAAGAGCCCCGGAGGAGAUGACGAAGAUGAGGAGAAUCUUGGUCCAGCACUGGGCUCACACUCCUUCCCCUACGUGGAGGAUCCCUCUGACGAGGAGCUGACCGACUACCGCUCCUACCAGAACCUGGGCGGCACCCCGCAGACGGCCAGCCCAGUGAAGAUCACGCUGACCGGGUCCCAGCCUGCUGACGCCCAACCGCAGCCGCUCCCGCCUCCCGUCGCCGUGUCUGAGCGUGAAAACGUCCUGAGUGUGGGUCUGCAGGGGGUCCCCACUGUGACGCUGUCUGAGCCAGAGGACGACAGCCCCGCCUCCACCCCCAACGCGUCACCAACAAGGAAACAAUUUUCCUCCGAGGAGAUGUUCAAGGUCGAGUCUGGAAAGCCUGCGGCCUUCAGAAGCAACUCCGGCCCAAAACCCGGCAGCCGGGACCACGAGGGCAGCAGCGCCGAGUCCGGAGACUCCGAGAUCGAGCUGGUCUCCGAAGAGCUUCCCAAGGCCAGUAGCAACCCGUUUACCGAGCCGCCGAAGAACAAGGCGACCUCCAGCCAGCCCCACAACCCCUUUGACAACCCGCCAGUCACCAAGGCUGGCGUCGGCGCCGCUCCGCCCACCGCCUACAGCAUACUGAGGGAGGAGAGAGAAGCCGAGCUCGACAGCGAUCUCGUUAUUGAGUCCGCCUCCGAAGAAAGCCCCAAGAGAGAGCAGGGCGUCGGUGGCCCCAAGCAGGGCGCCGCCCCUCCCUCCCCUCUGGUCUCCUCCGCCAGCCCUCCCCGCAGCACCCCCGAGGUCGUGCCGGUCCAGCCACCGACUGCCGACAAGACCAAGAACCCCGUCAAAGCAGAGGAGGAUCGUCCCAGCAAGCCUAAGCCCCCGACCGCUGCUGUGCCCCCAGAGGUGAGAUCAGAAAAGCCCCAGCAGGAUGACAUGCACCACCACCACCACCCCCCCCAGCAGGGCAAGGGAGAGCCGGGGCAACCUGCUGUAACCAUGCUGCUGGAGGGCUUCAGCAAACAGAAAGCGAUCGACCUCCUCUACUGGAGGAACGUGAAGCAGUCCGGGGCCGUGUUCAGCAGCGUGCUCCUGCUCCUCUUCUCCCUGACCCAGUUCAGCGUGGUCAGCGUCGGAGCCUACCUGGCUCUGGCGGCGCUCUCCGCCACCAUCAGCUUCAGGAUCUACAAGUCUGUGCUGCAGGCUGUGCAGAAGACCGACGAGGGCCAUCCUUUCAAGGCCUAUCUGGAGAUGGAGAUCGCUCUGUCUCAGGACCAGAUCAGCAAAUACGCCGAUAGGAUCCUGCUGUACAGCAACACCUGCAUGAAGGAGCUCCGCCGGCUGUUCCUCGUACAGGACCUGGUCGACUCUUUGAAGUUUGCAGUUCUGAUGUGGCUGCUGACUUAUGUGGGCGCGCUCUUCAAUGGUCUGACGCUGCUCAUCCUGGCUGUGGUGUCCAUGUUCACCUUGCCUGUGGUCUAUGAAAAACAUCAGGCGCAGAUCGAUCAAUACGUGGGAUUAAUACGGACCCAGGUCAACUCCGUGGUGGGGAAGAUCCAGGCGAAGAUCCCCGGGGCCAAGAGGAAGGAGGAGUAAUCCUGCCCGUGUCACCUUGAAGCUGACGGUCCGCUCCAGCUCCGAGUCGGGCUCGCGGCCGAACGGCCCGAUCAUCAUCCGUGGGGCGUAGUGCUUUGUCAUCUUGGUGUUCUCUAAAAGCAUCCACAGGAGAAGCCUUCACCCUGUCUAUAGCAGUCCAACACUAACACAACAGUCACAGUAUGUGUAUAACCCUGCUUCUAGGUAGACAAACCACACAGCUCAAAAGACAAAAAAAGAACCCGUUUGUGUUGCUUAUUAUCAAAGUGCAUGACGUUGAGCCUUGGGUAAAUAAUAUUUGAUACAUUUUGUGCAGUUUUAAAAAACCACGCUACAUCUAUUUUGCUUUGCAGUGCUUACCACAAAGUUGUACGAUUCGGCCCCAACAAGGCGGAAAAGGCCCAGACGUCCUCCGCUGCCAGUGUUAAAUACCGCUUCAUGUCUCUGAAUUAACAGCCGGGGCUUUCCUCAGUAUGUCAAUAUAUAUAUAAAUAAUAAUUUCCUUUUUGGUGUUUCUAAGCACAAGAUAAUUUACAAUAUGCGUGUUAGAUGUGGUAAUUGUAGGGGUUUUGCUCUUUGUAAUAAACAUUAAGGAACAACACACACACACACGCGCUCACGUUAGGUACGGUUGUACAAGAAUGAAGACAAGGUGAUAUUAAGCUUGUUUGAAUAACUGUCCAACUUUGUAUUUCGUUCAGCUAUACUCUGUAGUUCUCUAGACCCUGGACUCUUAACUAUUUGCACUUACAGUGUGUAUUUAAUUACAGGAAUAAAAAGAUAAAAUAAAUGUACCUUGAUGUAA